CCGAGAGAGAGAGUGUGGGGCCAGUCUGAAUUGUGAGAGGCUUACGACACUCAGUGAACAGACGGUGCCUCUGCAUGCUCUGCCAGUACACUAGUCUGCUGCAAGCGAGGGAUCGAAGUGAAGAGUGCUCUGCCUCUCCUCUCCCUCCCCGUCACACACCGCCUCUGCCUUCCUACUAGCAGCCUCCUCAGCCUCUCAGCCGUCCAGCCUCAACCAGUAAACUCCCUCCAGCCGACAAGGGAAAAACACCCCUAACAACUCGAGUGGAUAUGAACAGAACCCAAAAGACAGGAGGACGCAGGAGUCAAGGGGCUUUUCACAGGAGAUAAGUGGGGAUCUGAAAGAAGGAUACUAAAAAGAAAGGGACAAAAUCUAAAGGGGGAACAGAGAGAGAGAGAGAGAGAGAGAGAGAGAGAAAAGAGAAGGAGAGAGACCCUGGCAUUACCCAUCGUUAUUCUUCCAAUCCAUUUUUUCUGAAGCGCGCCGGUCGGUCACUGAAAUAAUAAUGACAGAGCUGACUGGAUUUAAGCCGUGCAGGUCAGUGAUCACUUCAAGUGACAGACGGUAAUUUGCGUUGACAGAUCGGCCACCAGUCUUUAUCGAGAGGGGGUAAGAAGAAGGAAAGGAGUUUUGAGUCCUUUUUUCCUCUCCUUUCUUGGUUGGCUUGGUUUUCCUCCGGCUCAUCGCAGUAGCAGUGACUGCAGAGGAGCAGGAGGGCGAGAGAGCGAGAGAGAGCGAGGAGCCACGGCACUCAUGCAUGCAGCCGAGCAGGGAACUUGCACUUCCUAACAAGCAUCCACUUGGAUUCCUUGGGUCUUUUCUGGCUUCUUUCACUCGAGGAGAACUAAGACAUUGUAAGUCUGCCAGGAUCUGGUGUCCUGGCUGAAAAGGACGAGGGGGGGUGGCAAAUUUGGACCACACUGGGGUCCUUUUUUAGAUUCGUACAUAAUUAGUGCGGGCACAAAGGGAGUCGCUGAAUAGGGGUUGUCCGUCUCUGGAUAGGGGUGAGUAGGAUUCCUUUCAUUUGCGAUCGCUCGACGAAGAAAGCAUUUUUUACCCCCCUCUGCUCGCCUCUUGUCCCCUGAUAUCUAACAUGAGCAAAGUGACUUGCCCUUUAUCCCUCUCCCCUGUUCUUUUCCUUUUCCCCCCCACACUGGAUUCCUCCUCCUUUCUAUAAGUAAAUACCUUGGGGAAAAAACACACGCACAACACAAUUCACUACAAGAAAAGGAAUACAAAAAAAGUACAAGAGCUGGUUUCCUGCCAGGGAGAGUUUACAAAUUACGAUGUGAACCAUGACAGAAUAAAACCGGUACGAUUCCAAUGGACAUUUUCUCUGCGGAUCUAUCCCAGGAUUUUCAGGCUGAUGGAUUUCCUUCUAAUUGGUUUGUACCUAAAGUGGCCCCUGAGGAAGCCCCCUGGGUUGAUACUGUUGCUGUGGUGCUCGCUGGGCAUCAUGCUCAAAAUGGUCCCCUCGGUGGAGGGCGUCUGCCCACGGCUAUGCCGCUGCGACAGCAAGCUGCUCUACUGCGAGGGGCUCAAUCUCACCGACGUUCCGCGCAACCUGAGCAGCGCACUGGGCCUGUCCAUGCGCGAGAACAACCUGACGGAGUUGCGCGAGGGCCACUUCGCUGGCCUGUCGCAGCUCACCUGGCUCUACUUGGAUCAUAACAACAUCGACGUGGUGGAGGAGGGCACCUUCGACAGGCUGCGCCGAGUCAAGGAACUCGACCUGAGCACCAACCAUAUCGAGAGCCUGCCCAAUGGCACCUUCAGGCCCCUCCCCAACCUACGCAUCCUGGACCUAUCGUACAACAGGCUGCAGGCGCUGGAACCCGACCUGUUCCACGGCCUGAGGAAGCUAACCAAUUUGCAUUUGCGCUACAACGCCCUCAAGUUUGUCCCAGUGAGGAUCUUCCAGGACUGCCGGAGCAUGCAGUUCCUGGACCUGGGCUACAACCAGCUGCAGAGCCUGGCGCGGAACUCCUUCGCUGGGCUCUUCAAGCUCACCGAGCUGCACCUGGAGCACAAUGAGCUGGUCAAAGUCAACCUGGCCCACUUCCCCCGCCUCAUCUCACUGCGCACGCUCUACAUGCGCAACAACCGAGCUACCGUUGUGGUCAGCACCCUGGACUGGACCUGGCCCUUCCUGGAGAAGAUCGACCUGUCGGCAAAUGAGAUCGCAUACAUCGAGCCGCACGUCUUCGAGAGCGUGCCCAACCUCAAGGCCCUCAUGCUGGACGCCAACCGGCUGACGGCCGUGGAGCAGCGCAUCCUGGAUUCGUGGUCGUCCCUGGGCAGCAUCACUUUGGCAGGCAACGAGUGGGAAUGCAGCCGUAACGUGUGUGCCCUGGCCCAGUGGCUGAGCGCCUUCCGAGGCCAGCGGGACAGCCAGCUGCUGUGCUCAAGCCCGGAUGUGGCGCAGGGCGAGGACGUACUGGACGCGGUCUAUGCCUUCCAGCUGUGCGAGGACGGCGGCGACCAGUCCACCACAACCAUGAGCUGGUACCCAGGCUACACCGCCAAGGACCAGGCCUGGGGCGGCCCCACGGCCAAUCCCUACAAUCCGCCAGCAGCCGAGGGCGGCGCAGUCGUCACCAAUUCCUUCACGGUGACCGUGGCUAACCUCGACGACAUAGAGAGCACCAUGCAGAUCCACAAGGUGGUGACAGGCACCAUGGCGCUCAUCUUCUCCUUCCUCAUUGUGGUGCUGAUGCUCUACGUGACCUGGAAGUGUUUCCCGGCGGGCGUGCGGCAGGUGCGCCAGUGCUUCAGCAGCCAUCGGCGCAAGCAGAAGCAGAAGCAGAGCAUGCAGCAGAUGGCCACCAUGUCCACGCCGGAGUACUACGUCGACUACAAGCCCAACCACAUCGAGGGGGCCCUGGUCAUCAUCAACGAGUAUGGCUCCUGCACCUGCCAGCAGCAACCCUCCCGGGAGUGCGAGGUCUGACCCGGCCCUUUGUGAGUGUAUGGAUAUGUCUGUGUUUACGUGUGUUUGUGUGGAUAAUAUGGACUACCACAGAGACCCUUUUUGGAUAUAUGGGAUAUAUUGGGUGGGUUGGGGUUGUAUAAAUGAGGAUUGAACCAGGGACACUAUUUACACUGCGUCGCACUGUGCUGCUCGCCCCCCCCCCCCCCCCCCCCCCCCCCCCUCUACUGUGGAGGAGAAGGGUGGAGGACUGACUGAGACCGUGGAUUUAUUGCUGUGGAUCUGAAGGGCCUCUAUGGACACUAUGGAGACCAGACUCUAUUUUGCCUGUUGACUUGACAAACAGAAUCACCAGAGAUGGAAUAUUAUGUUGACUUUAUACAGAAUCACCAGAGAGGAUUACUAUGUUUGUAGGCACCAACGGAUUCUUCUUCUUCUCUCCACCAGGAGUGGAUAUUAUUUCUUAAUUCAGGAUAUUCUGCUAUUGUCUAAAGACCAACUGGGGACACACUGGCCAGCCAUAAACACACCAUUUUUAAUUGUGGUAAAUACAACGAAAACACAACAACAAAGGAAAAAAAUACAAAAAAAGAUUGCAAAGUUGGAUUAUAAAAAUAAAAAAAAUACGAUUAUAAAUUCAGUGUAAAAUAUGUUUAAAACGCAAAGAGUGGGAAAAAAAAAGAUGCAAGAUGCUAUCGUAUUCCUUUUGUAAACUACGAAAAAAUACCAUGUUUAAAUAAAUGAAUUGCUAUUCACAGUAAA